AUGAGGAAAAGUCUUGAUUUCAUUGCUAUUAUUGAGGCCUGUGGUCUUAUAGAUUUAGGCUUCAGUGGACAGAAAUUUACCUGGUCUAACAACAGGGGUAUACAACAGAGAGUUUGGAAAAGACUGGACAGAGCUCUAGUUACUGAUGCCUGGCUGGAAAAGAUGCCUCAGACUACUAUCACCCAUCUACCUUCAGUAGGGUCAGAUCACUGCCCCUUAUUGAUGGAAAUGAAAGCUAGGGAAGAUGAUCAGAUCAAAUAUUUUAAAUUUCUUAACUGCUGGACUGAUCAACCUAAUUUCCUUGAUAUUGUUAAAGCCUGCUGGGACAGGAAUGUUGAGGGUAACAUCAUGUGGAAAUUUCAUCAGAAACUGAAGAGAUUAUCCAAAACUCUUAGCAACUGGUCCAGAGAGGAGUUUGGGGAUAUUUUUGCUAAAGUCAGGGAUUUUGAAGAGAAGGUCAAAACAAUGGAGGAGCAGCUGAUUCAAGAUCCUAGUGAGAGUAAUAGAUCUAUACUUCAUGAACUCAAUGCUAGGUAUAUCAAAUUCUUGAAGUUAGAAGACUCCAUUUUGAAACAAAAAACACAGUUGCAGUGGUUCAAGGAAGGUGAUUGCAAUACAAAAUAUUUCCACUCCCUGAUAAGGGGAAGAAGACGAAGGCUUUUCAUUGAUCAUAAAAUUAUCAGGGAAGAUGGGGAAUGGAUACAGGGAGAUGAGGUCAUUGCUGAAGCUGCCUGCGACCAUUUCCAGAAAAUCUUCACAGGAGAUAACAAGAUAAUCAAUGAGGAUGUACCUGGAAUGUAUACCACAGAUGGUCACCCAGGAACACAAUGA